AAAGUUGAUAUGAUUUGUAUUGGACAUGCCUGAGCAAGCUACCAAAUUACAAAUAGAAGAAAAUGAAAUUUGCAAAUAUGGCUGCUUUUGAAGAAUCAAAGGACGAUAUGAAUAUCUGGAUAUUCUUUUCGCAGUCUUCUACAACCAUAUUCUUGCAUGAGUAUUCUGCUUCUUUACACUUGAUUAUGAUAAUAGUUUUAUCCAUUUCCUGGGCUUCCAAGAGACACGAGGCACCUAUCCUUGAGAAUUCCAAACCAAUGUUGAAGAAUACAUACUUGUACUAUUUGUCAGCCCUGAUAUGUUGUCUCGGUUUGUCUUCUUGUGAUCUUCUCCUAUGCAUGUUAAACUACCUCUCUGGGUAUCGACAUGGUUGGUCUGAUCUAAAACGUGCUGCACAAGUGGAUUUAGCAUUCAGAACACUCACUUGGUUUGUGAUAACUGCUUACUUGCACACCCAAUUUUUCAAUUCAAGGGAGCACAGGUUCCCCAUUCUAGUAAGGGUUUGGUUCGCCUUCUACUUCCUAAUGUCUUGUGCAUAUCUUAUUAUACAUCUUGGUUUAUAUUCGAAACAUUCGUCCUUAUCAUCCCUGCUAUGGGUCUCUGAUGUUGUAUCCAUUAUCGUUGUUUUAUUAUUUUGUUAUCUUGGGUUGUUUGGCAAGGGGCAAAAAGAUGAAAAUCUCCAUCUUUUGGAACCUCUUUUAAAAAAUAGUUUUAGCCGAAAUAAUGGUGACAACAGACAAGGAUUAAGUGUUGGUGGCGAGAGUGUCACUCCUUAUGCAAAUGCCAAUCUUAUAAGUUUUUUUACUUUUGCUUGGAUGGGCCCUUUGCUUGCACUUGGGUAUGAAAAAACACUAGACCUUGAAGAUGUUCCUCAGCUUGCCAAUUGUGAUAGUGCCAAUGUGGUCUUUUCUCAUUUUAGAAAGAAACUUGAAUUUGAUGGUAAUGAUGGUCAGGUAACUACUUUUAAGCUGGUGAAGGCAUUGAUUCUCUCCACUUGGAAAGAGAUUUUAUGGACAGCUCUACUCUCUAUUAUAUGGACAUUGGUUUCUUAUGUUGGACCAUACCUUAUUGAUACCUUUAUUCAGUAUCUCAAUAGCCCUCACCAACUAAAAUAUAAAGGAUAUGUGCUAGUGUAUAUUUUCUUUCUUUCAAAGCUCAUAAAUUGUCUCUCAGAGAGGCACUUGUUCUUUCAAUUGCGAAAGAUGGCAAUUAGGGUUCGUGCUGUUUUGUUCUCAAUAAUUUAUAGGAAGGGUCUCAUGCUUUCAAGCCAAUCAAAGCAGGUCCACACUAGUGGGGAGAACACUAAUUUGAUGAGUGUUGAUGUUGAGAGAAUUGGUUUCUUUUGUUGGUACAUGCAUGAUAUAUGGAGGGUGCCUGUUCAGAUUGUUUUAGCAUUGUUGAUCUUGUACAAGAGCCUUGGGCUUGCUUCACUUGCAGCUAUUGUUGCUACAAUGAUUUUGAUGUUAGCAAAUGUUCCAAUAGUAAAACUACAAGAGAAAUUUCAAGAGGAAUUGAUGGAUUCAAAGGAUAGAAGGAUGAAAGUAACAUCUGAAGCUAUAAGGAAUAUGAGGAUUCUCAAGCUCCAAGGCUGGGAGAUGAAGUUUUUGGCUAAGAUAAUUGAACUCAGGAAUUUUGAAUCAAGAUGGUUAAAAAAAUUACUUUAUACAUCAGCUAUUAGUGCCUUUGUCUACCUUUCUGCUCCCAUGUUUGUAUCCAUGGUUACUUUUUGGUUUUGUAUCCUUAUGGGAAUUCCUUUAGAGUCGGGAAAGAUUUUGUCUGCACUCGCAACUUUUGAGAUAUUACAAGAGCCCAUUUAUACUCUUCCAGACACAAUCUCCAUGGUAGUUCAGACUAAAGUUUCUCUCAAUAGGGUAGCAUCAUUUCUUUGUCUCGAUGAUCUUUGUCUGAAUAUAGUACAAAAGCUUCGAAGAGAUGAUACGAACGUUACAGUUGAGAUAGUCAAGGGUAAUUUUUCUUGGGAUCUCCAUUCCCCAAAUCUCACAUUAAAGGAUCUUAAUUUUCAAGUAUAUCAUGGUAUGAGAGUGGCUGUUUGUGGUUCUGUUGGGUCAGGCAAGUCAAGCUUGCUUUCAUGCAUAUUGGGGGAAGUGCCAAAAGUAUCUGGAUCCAUUAAGUUGAAUGGGACAAAAGCCUAUGUUGCACAAGUACCUUGGAUACAGAGUGGUAAAAUAGUAGACAAUAUAUUGUUUGGUAAGGAGAUGGACAAGGAAAAAUAUGAAAUGAUUCUUGAAGCAUGUUCAUUGAAGAAGGACCUAGAAUUGUUUGCCUUUGGUGAUCAGACUAUCAUAGGGGAGAGGGGGAUUAACCUGAGUGGUGGACAGAAGCAAAGAAUCCAGAUUGCACGUGCUUUAUAUUAUGAUGCUGAUAUUUAUCUGCUUGAUGAUCCUUUUAGUGCUGUGGAUGCUCACACUGGAACUCAUCUUUUUAAGGAGUGUUUGUUGGGAAUUUUAGGUUCAAAAACAGUACUUUACGUUACCCACCAAGUAGAGUUUUUACCUUCUGCUGAUCUUAUCCUGGUUAUGAGAGAUGGAAGGAUUACUCAAGCAGGAAAGUACGCAGAAAUUCUUAGCUCAGGAACUGACUUUAUAAAAUUAGUGGGUGCACAUGAGAAAGCUUUGGUAGACUUCAACUAUGUUAAACAUGAGACUAUGGACAAUUUAAUUAAUGGUGAGGAAGAUGGUAUUAUACUGGGUAACGAGAAUUCUAUUCAAGAUGAUGAGGAAAGAGAAUUAAAAAACAAUGAAACAGAAAAAUUGGUUGAGCCAGAAGGACAACUUGCCCAAGAAGAAAAGAGAGAAAAGGGCGGAAUUAGUCUUUCAGUUUAUUGGAAUUAUGUUACUUCAGCAUAUAAAGGGGGUUUUGUACCACUGAUAUUAUUAGCACAAAUUCUUUUUCAGCUUUUCUUAAUAGUCAGUAGUUACUGGAUGGUAUUGUCUACUCCCGUUUCGAAGGAUAUGAAGCCUGAUGUUAAAGGAUCCACUCUCAUCUUUGUUUUUUUUGCUUUGAUCCUUGGAAGCUCCCUUUGUGUACUUAUAAGGUCCAUGCUUGUUGUAACUGCUGGAUACAAGACAGCCACUAUGUUUUUCAACAAAAUGCAUAUGUGCAUUUUUCGUGCCCCCAUGUCAUUUUUUGAUUCUACUCCAAGUGGAAGGAUUCUAAAUCGGGCAUCCAUAGAUCAAAGUGCAGUUGAUACCUCUAUACCACAUCAAAUUGAAUCAUUUCUUAUGUCAACCAUAGCUUGUCUGGGAACUAUUGUAGUAAUGUCACAGGUGGCAUGGCAAAUGUUAAUAGUUUUUAUUCCGAUGAUUGUGACAUGCAUCUGGUACCAGCAAUAUUACAAAGCAGCAGCACGAGAAUUGUCCCGAUUGUUUGGAGUAUGCCAGGCUCCAAUUAUUCAACAUUUUUCUGAAUCUUGUUUAGGUUCAACCACAAUCAGAUGCUUCAAUCAAGAAGAGAGGUUUAUGGAAACAAACCUCAAGCUGGUGGAUGGGUAUUCCCGACCCAAAUUUCAUUUCUCUGGUGCAAUGGAGUGGUUAUGUUUCCGUAUGGAUAUAUUAGCAUCCAUCACAUAUGCCGUCUGCUUGAUUUUAUUGAUCUCAGUGUCGAAGGGAUUACUCAGUCCUGGUAUUUUGGGUUUAGUAGUCACAUAUGGGCUUAGUUUCAGUAUGCAUGCGGUUGUAUGGGAUCUUAAUAGACUUGAGACUAAAAUCAUAUCCGUUGAGAGAAUACUACAGUACAUUUGCAUCCCUAGUGAAGCUCCUUUGUUGGUAGAAGAAAAUAGGCUUGAUCGUCAAUGGCCAUCACAAGGGAAAAUUGAUAUUGUUGAUCUGCAGGUCCGGUAUGCCCCACACCUUCCUCUUGUCUUGCGAGAUGUCACAUGCACUUUUCCUGGAGGGAUGAAGAUUGGAAUUGUUGGACGAACGGGAAGUGGUAAAUCAACUCUCGCACAUGCUCUAUUUCGCAUGCUUGAACCUACAUCCGGUCAAAUUUGGAUAGAUGGUAUCAACAUUUCUCAAAUUGGCCUUCAUGACUUGCGGUCAAAAUUGAGCAUCAUCCCACAAGACCCAACAAUGUUUGAGGGGAGUCUAAGAAGCAAUCUUGACCCACUUGAAGAAUACACUGAUGAACAAAUCUGGGAGGCUUUAGACAAAUGCCAGCUUGGGGAUAAAGUUAGAAAGAACGAGGGGAUGCUUGAUUCUGUAGUGACUGAGAAUGGAGAGAAUUGGAGCAUGGGUCAAAGACAACUGGUCUGUUUGGGCCGGGUAUUACUCAAAAGGAGCAAAGUGUUAAUACUUGAUGAAGCUACUGCAUCAGUGGAUACUGCGACUGACUAUUUGAUUCAGCAAACGCUUAGGUUACACUUCUCAGGGUCUACUGUCAUUACAAUCUCACAUAGGAUGACAUCAAUUCUUGAUAUCGAUAUGGUCCUAUUUCUCGAUAAUGGCCUUGUACUGGAAUAUGAUUCUCCAGCCAAAUUGCUAGAUAUCAAGUCCUCAUCAUUUGCAAAGCUUGUUAAGGAGUAUACUCAAAGAUGUAGUUCCUAGUUUUUGAAAAGCUAAUUGGUGAGUUUUGAAUGUUUGGAUGUCAGCAAGUUGCAUUAGACUGAGGUGUAUUAUUAUUUUGACUGACAAUUUUUUUGGGAGAAGAUAGUAGAAUAGAUAUCGAGGCUACCUAUAAUAAUUUGAGUUGGCAUUGACAUGCCAUUGAAGUAUUAGGGAUAGAAAAGAAGAUGAGAGGG